GAACUAUUUCUCUUUGCUCUGAACAGAAAUGUCUCAGGAAUUCCUGCUCGAUUUCACCAACUCUAGGACGUCAGAAUUUUCCCUCCUACGGACCAGACAUUCCGAGUUCCAAGAAAUUACCCUUUCGAUGUGGCUUCGCACCACUGAUUCGACAAAUAUGGGAACCCCUAUUUCGUACGCCGCCAUGAAGCCGGCAGACAAUGCGGCCUCUGGAAGCAGCCCUGGCAGCUUAGUCGACAACACACUGACCGUGACAGAUUGCGCCUCGCUCAGGAUCUACGUGAACGGAGUGACGAUCUUCACAGACGUGGCCAUCAACAACGGGCGCUGGACCAGCCUAGUGUUUACCUGGCGCGGUGCAGGUGGUGAGUGGCACUUGUACGUGAAUGGCACGGAAGCUAACAGCGGGGCUACGCUUCGCACCGAAGCCAUACCGGGCCAAGGUGUGUUUGUUCUUGGCCAGGAGCAAGACUCCAUCGGGGGAGCCUUCAACACCAGGGAGACUUAUCUGGGUGAAAUAUACAAGCUGAAUAUCUGGGACCAUGUUCUGCCCGAGGACGCUAUCCAAGCCCUAGCCCACAGCUGCCACCGGGAGAGAGGAAACGUGGUUGCAUGGCCAGACUUCUUGGCUGGAUUGCAAGGAGAUUUGCAACCCAAAGGAUCACCCAUAGAUAUGGAAAUACCCAGCUGCGAAGAGCACACACCGGAUCACCGUUACAACAAAUAGGAAGCGGUAUGAUGGCACCAACAGGUAUUACACAUGCGGAGACAUCAUGACCUUAUGAUUCAAGUUUUAUACAAUAAAAUGACUUACGAAAGGAGAAAGCUCGUAUAAUUUACCUUAUUGUAUGAAUUAACUUUUUUGCUGGACUAAAACCUGCAUGGUUCUGAAACAUCCGUUACUUGGUUCGAGAAAGUUACAGCGUUUGUUCUUAAAAGAAAAGAAUUUAAUCUUUCAAUCAAACUUUAUAUCUGUGUGAUGAUGCAGGGUUCUUUUUCUCGCGCCAAAUCCUUCUCACCCUCUGUGAAUUACUAGCUGUUAAAACUUAAGCAAGUGAACUAGGGUGCGAGUAUAGACAUAUUCAGACCUUCACCCUGCAGUGCAGGACAAGUUUUAUAACAGGAUACAAAAUAUUCCCUUUGAACCGAAAAACCGCAUAAACACAGGCUUAAAUAUUUCCCCGUAUGAUGGAAAAUAAGCAAAAUAAUACAGGUCAUUUGGUUUAUGACUGGAGUAAUCUUAACUGUCAGAAUCUCUCGUACAAAUGUUUGAAAGUUCGUUAUUUUCAUGGGCUUCGCCACUAAAACUAAAGUUCAUUCCAGGGAACAGUGCAAACCGACAAAGCGUCAACGAUGAAAGGGGGCAACUCCUGUUUUGGGGGAUUUCGUUGUUUGUUUUCACGCAAAACUUGUGAUUUUCACUUCGUUAUCACUCUGCUUUCUCGGUCCUUUUUCCUUUCCCUAUUUUCUUGUUUGUGUGAUUUCCAUUGACCACCUGAAAAAUGCCCUCUUGCCCCUCGCGACCUCCAUGAUUAUUCCAAUGACAGAGUCACUGUUUCUGGGUCAGUAAGUUCAUGCAAGAGUGAAAUACCUUUCAGGAAAAUUGGAAGUGGAUGUCUACUUUGGAAAUAUCCAGUGUACUGAGUAACGAGAGAUUAAAUCAUCAGUAAAUCGAAAUAUUUGCUAGCAACCUUGUAUUUAGUUGGUAACUUUAAAGGUAAUGGCUAUAAAACGAAAUGCUUGCAACAUGUUAACGAUUUUGAAAAAAAAAUGAUGUCAAACUUAUAGGAAGUAUAUACAAACAAUUAAAUGUCUUACCAAAGGUGGGUGAAGAGUCGGAACAUGAAAUAGGGUGAUGUGAAUUUCAUAGGUUAUCUGCUCUCUGGACGUCUCGCAGUUUGUUUCCCCCAUAAUGGAAUCUCGUUGCGCCAAACUGUUCCCGAUGGCAUAACAGAAUUUGUUACUUUCACACUACGUGACAAGGAAAAGAACGAGUAUGUGUUAAAUGAUAUACAGGGCAUUUUACCGAACGCAAAGUUUCAAAGAUUCUGCCGUUACGUGAGGAAAAACCGUAUUAAAAUCAGUUGUAAAAGUUGCCUGUGCUUAUAUUCUGUAAGAAGUUCAAACGUGCCGAUAAUAAUGAUUAAAAUGAAGCAAUUAUCAAUUUAUUGAA